AUGCACCUGCUGAAAACACGCGAGCUCUUCCUUCUUUCAUUGAAAACACAUUUCUCUCAUCCAUUCAUCUUCUCCAGUAGACAGUUGACUCAUCGAAUGUUGUCCUUAAAAAUGCUCCAAUUAUUGUUGUCACUCGCACUUUUGCCAUUGAUCCUUUCCGUAAGGGAACAGUCAAUAGCAGUUAAAGGACGACUUCUAUGUGGCGAACAACCAGCAGCAAAUGUCAGAGUGAAAUUGUGGGAGGAGGACACAGGACCGGACCCAGAUGACUUGCUCGACCAGGGUUAUACCAACUCGAACGGCGAAUUCCAACUUCAAGGUGGAACCAUAGAGACGACUCCGAUCGAUCCAGUCUUAAAAGUUUAUCAUGACUGUAACGACGUAACCGGAUUUCUAAGUGUCCCUAAGCCUGGGAGCCGGAAGGUGAAGUUCUCAUUGCCGGAUAAAUACAUCAGUGAUGGAAUGGUUCCCAAGAAGACGAUGGAUAUUGGCGUUAUCAACCUCGAAUUAGAAUUCCAAGACGAGGGACGUGAAUUCAUUGUUGACUAG